GGAAAAUCUUUAUUACUUGGACUACUACUAAAUUACGAUGCAAACCAUGAGCGGCUGUUUUCCACGAGGCAACCAAUAGCUCCAACAAAUCCAGGGAGACCCCCUCUUCCCCCCUCUUCUCCUUGUCUUCUUCCUUUACUCUUUUUUGUAUCUUUUUACUUUCCUGGCCUUUUUUGGUUGAUUUUCCAAAGUAGAGUAGAUGGAUUGUUACAAAUUAACUUCUUUUGCUUUGUAAGUAUGCUCUGUAUAGAGUAACCUUCAGUUUUUUUUCUUCCGGGUUUCGGUUCUGUUACUGCAAAUAGCAAUGGCGGAGUGUAUCUAUUUCCUCAACAAGGAGACUCUAAUUAUAAAGCCUCCUAAGAAAUCUACAGUGUUCUUAAGGACUAUAGUUUUGUUAUUUGCAAUGGUGUGUGGCGUUUGUAUCUGCUCCGUCUGUUUAAGGCAGAUAGGGUCUGUCACUGUGAUUAAAUUGCAAGAUAUCCAAGUUAUUGAGAAGCCUCCUCCAGAUAGUCCUGUUGAAGAUCCUGCAAGGCAAAUUCCUCACCUGCAUUACCCUAUACCCAAAACAUUUAGCAGGGCUGAGUGUAAACAUAAUCCGGUGCGAUUUUUUGCCCUACUGUCAAUGCAGAGAUCUGGGAGUGGAUGGUUUGAGACAUUGUUAAAUAGUCAUGUUAAUGUAAGCUCAAACGGAGAGAUAUUUUCAGCAAUGGAUAGGAGGAAAAAUAUUUCUGCAAUUGUAGAGACUCUGGAUAAAGUUUACAAUUUAGACUGGUUUACUAGUGCUUCCAAGAAUGACUGUUCUGCUGCUGUUGGCUUCAAGUGGAUGCUCAAUCAGGGCCUGAUGGAGCACCAUAGAGAAAUAGUAGACUACUUCAAUCGUAGGGGUGUUUCUGCUAUAUUUCUAUUCCGCAGAAAUCUGCUUCGGAGGAUGGUUUCAGUGCUAGCAAAUUCCUAUGAUCGCUAUGCUAAGCUAUUAAAUGGAACCCACAAGUCUCAUGUGCAUUCGCAGGAAGAGGCUGAUGCACUCUCAAGUUACAAACCAACAAUCAAUUCAAAAUCAUUGAUGAGUGAUUUGAAGAAUGUGGAAAUGACAGCUGCAAAGGCUUUGGAGUACUUCAAUAGUACCCGUCAUCUCAUUGUAUACUAUGAGGACAUUGUUACAAACCACACGAAACUGAAGGAUGUUCUGGAGUUUCUAGGCCUCCCCCAACUGGAAUUAACAAGCCGCCAGGUUAAGAUACACAAGGGUCCAUUGGCUGAACAUGUUAAGAACUGGGAUGAAGUAUUCAAGACCCUCAAUGGAACAGAAUAUGAGAACUUACUCCGUGUUGACUAUUAAGCGUGGCAAUGGAUGCUGAUAUUAGGAAUGGCAUGAAUACCAUAGUUUUCUAACCGAGUUUUAAUACUGAAGCUGACUAUGGAUAAGCUAUUACACUAAAAAGACAUGCAUCCGGCUUCGGGAUUUUGGCUGUCACGAAACUGUGACAUCUCAUCGUUUUAGUAAGUUGGUUGUCGACAUCCUGUUGAUCCCACCAUUUCUUUCCUUGUGAAUGUCUUUUGAUUUGUAGACAUCAUAUUUGGCUAAUGAAAUUUAAAGGAAAGC